AUGGGCAUACGCGACGUUCUCAAGAAGAAGGAGAAACUCGACAACGGCGAGCACAGCAGCAAGGAUGCAGUAGACAGGCUGGCGGCCCCCGAGUUCAAGUUCAUUCGAUCAGACACACACACCCAAGAGGUCAUCCACCCCCCGAGCGGGCCCCCGGGCUUCGACGACGGCAAGGAACACUACCUGAACCCGAACGGCAACGACGGCGGCAGCGGCCAGAAGCCCCGGCGCAGCCUCGACGUCUUCUUCGGCAACAGCCGCUCGCGCAGCGCGUCCGCUUCCUCGCAGGCGAGCUCGACCUCCAACUCCCACUCGAACAACAAUGGCAAGAUUGGGAGACGGCUAUCGGAGCGGCUGCACCUCAGCCGCUCGCCGGCCUCGUCAGAAAACGUCCCGCAGAACCUACCCGACAUUGUGACCACGGCCGAGGGCGGCGAGGGGGACGAGCUGCAGUGGGAGAAGCGCGCGACCAUGCUGGCUUCGGCGAAUAAGAGCAGGCCCGCGACGCCGUUGGCGAACGCCGCGGGCGGUGGAGGGGAUAUGACGAGAGGCAGGACGCAGGGCGCGGCGGUCUCAUCUCCGGCCAUUGACGAGGAUAUUCAGGAGGCUAUCCGGCUGCACGAGGCGGGAGACUUCGAGAACUCGACGGCCAUGUUUGCCCGCUUGGCUGAUCCGAAAGGGGCUAAUAACACCCUGAGCCAGUUCCUAUACGGUCUCUCUUUGAGGUGCCACGAUACUUGGGCUAUUUGGACGGAUUUGCUGACAGGGUUUGAUAGGCACGGAUGGGGUUGCGAACCAGAUCCAGAAGGGGCCAUCAAGUAUCUCUCGGCGGCGGCGUCGAAUGCGGCAACCGUCGAGCAGAUGGCGUUGAAGGCAGGGCUUAAAAAGGGUGGUGCUGCCAAGGGCGAGCUCGUUCUGGCCAUAUUCGAGUUGGCGAAUUCCUUUCGACACGGCUGGGGCACAGCCAAGGACCCAAUAGCGGCAAAGCAGUACUAUGAGACUGCGGCGAACCUCGGAGAUACUGAUGCUAUGAACGAGGUAGCCUGGUGCUAUGUAGAAGGCUUCGGAUGCAAAAAGGACAAGAACUUGGUCUUUAGGGGCAGCCAGCAUCAGCUUCAGCAGCCUCAGCAACCUGCGUCGGUCCAGGUUGGGCAUCAAUACGGCGACCCUAAAAGACGGCCGCAAACAGGAACCCGCGCAGGACGCAUGCUCAAUUUUGCAGCAGCCCGUUACUACCGGUUGGCUGAAAAGAACGGCAACAAAACACUAGGCAAUUCAUGGCUCCCAAGGCAUUGUUUUACUCUGCCUUCCCUCCAAAAUGUGGGAGCUCGCCCUGUCAUCCAAACUUGGAUGACCGUCAGCUUUCCCGGAGCUGCACGCGGUUACCUGCCGCUGCAAGCCCUCCUGCGCUACGCCGCGUUCCCCAGAGCGCCCGCGAAGACUCGAUGCUGCUUCCCGAGGCUGCGAUUCCACCACCCCGUGUGGCCAGAAUUCCUCUGUGAUACCCAAAGGCUAACCACCCGCAAACUCAAUAGGAUCUGGAAGGAAAAGUACGACCCAGAUGCCGGCGACAAGAAGAAGAAGUAG